UUUUUUUAUAUAGAAAAUGAAUUGAACAGAAUAUAAAAACAGAAUAAGAAUGAUAUUUUGAAGACAUUUCAUAAAGUUUUGCUAGCUUUUUUUGGAAAAUGGACAAACCAAAUUUUAAUUUGAGUGGUUCUAAAAGUUUAGCAACAGAUGUAAAAAAACCUAUACCACCUCUGCGUCCUGUACCAGUUCCACGUCCAAAAAAAAGUGUGUCAAUAGGAAACAAUGACUUGUGUAUGUCAAAAAAUGAAUUUGAAGAUAAAAAUAGUAGUUCUCAAAAUUUUAACUUACUUUUAAGUAAACCAUUAUCUAAUAAUCUAGGGUUUCAUAUAAAUGACAAAGAAAUUAAAGAGAAAAUAAAUAUAGACUCUAAUUUGAAAGAAAUGUUUUCUAAUGUCAGUUCAUUGAAUGUUUUAAAAUCAUCAGAGGCAUCUCAAGAUAAUGAAUUAUACAGUGCAAAACCAAAUUUUUUUUUGAAUGAUUCCUUUAACAACUGUUUAGGAAAUAAUAAAGAAUUUUUAAGUUUAAAUUAUGAAAAAUUUUUUGAUUUAAGUAAAGAAGAUUCUGUUAUACCCUUUCAUGAUAAUGCAUAUGUUAACAAAACUUUGUUUGAAAACAAAAUUCAGUUAAAUAAAGGUAGAAAGGAGUUGGAAUUAUUGGUAAAAACUUAUGCAUCUUCUUCGGAUACAAGGAUUGUUGCUGAGAAAUUACUGAACUUAGAUCUAUCAAUAGCCUCAAAAUAUGUUGUUUUGGACAUUUUAUGUUUUUUACAAUCAAACAAGGAUACUGAUAUCACUAAAAUUCCUACAACAUUUAAUCUACUUGAAAAAUAUGGUAUGAAUCUUUUAAAAGAAGAGAGCUCAAGACACCAUUCUUGGAGAAUAAUUUCAACUUCUUCAAACUUGUAUAAAACAUCAGUUGGGACAGUAAUUGGUGCUGAUAUUAUUAUUCAAAGCAUGGGUUACACAGAGAAAGUUAAACAAGUUACAGGAGACUUAUUAGUUUUUCCAUCAGGAGAAAAACCUAAUAAUGUCUUAGUAAUGAAUUUAGUUAUAGAUUUGUUGAUUGCUAAAUAUGAAAUAGAUUUUUUGUUGAAGCACAAACAUCCUUAUUUUGAAAAAUUGCAUAUGUCUGGUAAUAUUCCAGAUGUUUACUUUACUUAUGUGUCAAAUAUUUUUUCAACCUUUGUUGUUGAACAACAUGGUUCAUUUGUUUACCAAACUCCAAAAAGUUUUCAAUUUGCUUCUAACUCACCUUUAUCUCAAGAAAUUCCUUCAGUUAGUUCUAACAUAUCUGCAGAGAAUUUUUUGUGUCCUAAGUGCAGCUGCCUAUUUAUUGAGCAGCCUAAGUUUUGUUCAAAUUGUGGACAUCAAACACAGGAUAACUAUCAUCAAAUCCAUAGUAAUAAUAAUCGAGCAUGCGAUAAUCUUUCAGUUUUGGAUAAACAAAGUAUAGUUAAAACAGAGCUGAAGCAAAAUCACUUGAAAACAACUUAUUUGAAGCAAGAAUAUACGAAAAAAAUGCAUUUGUCUUUUUUUGAGAUUGGGCAAACAAAAAAAACUGAAAAGUUCAUGGUAAUGCAACAGUGGAGUUGUCAGUAUUGUACAUUAUUAAAUGAUUUAUCUGUUUUAGUUUGUCAAGCAUGUGAGCAACCUUUUUCUGAUCGAAAAAUGUUUAAUAAAGCUCAAACAGUAAGAUCUUCAAACUCAGAUGCCAAACAGAUAACAAGCAAACAAACAAACUUAGAUAACAAACAACAAACAGAAAUUGCUUUUAAACAACAACAUCUUUUAAAGGGAAAUAGAGAGCUAAUAACCUCCACACAAAAAGAAAUUAAAAAAAACACAUUUGACAUUGUAAAUAUAAUGCAGAUUGCUGAAAAUGAAGGGUUUUCAGUUCAGCUUUGUGAAAUGGCUUUAAAUUGUGUAGAAAAAAAAGAUUGGGAUUCCGUUUGCGUUUGGAUAAAAAAUCAGUUACCUAAGCUUACAAAUAUAUUUAUGGAAUACAGUAAACAAGUUUUUUCUCAGCAUGAGGAAAUUAUCAGUGAAAAAGAAGUACAUCAGUUUUUGUAUGAUUUUGAAGUUAAAGUGAGUUCAGCAUUUAAAGCGUUUCAAAAAAAAAGGGAAAAACAGAUUUUAGAUCUGAAGUCAAAGUUUUCAGUUACUGAACAAGUAAUACAUAAUGUGUUAUUUAUCUCUGAAGGUGAUCAAAUUAGAGCUGAAGAACUUCUUCAAAAAAAAAUCAAUGGUAACGAAAUAAGGGAUUUGUUAAAGAAGACAACUGAAGUGACUUUUAAAAAGCUGACAGAUCCUAAUAUUCCAAAUGAAGAAAAAUGCCAAAUGAUUCACAGACAUUAUCCAAAGAUUACUUGGGAAAAAGCUAAAAUGUGUUUAAAGUUAAUAAAUCUUAAUAAAUAUGAAGUCGAAGACUGCCUUAAGGCUGUCAAAAGCAAUCGUUUUUAUAAUGAUUGUAUACAAUUUUUGGAAUGUAAUUGUUGCAUGUGUUAUAACAGUUACCCUAGACAUAAGCUUACAUCUAAUCAACAUUGCCAAUGUCAAUAUUGUUUUGGGUGCUACAUAGAAUAUUUGAACGUAACCAUCACUCAAAAUCAUAUACGCAAUUUGGUUUGUGCAAACUGUCAAUUACCCACUGAGCAAGUUGCGCAUAAAUCAGAUUAUUUUAAAAAUUUAGAUAAUCAGAUACUUUAUUUUGUGAGGACAAAUAAAUUGGCACCUGAACGUCAUACAUUGUUCCAAGAGAAAUUACAUGAUUUCAAUUUAUUAAGCAAUCCUCAAUUCAGAUGGUGCGCACAUUGUCCGAGUUAUGGCUUUAUCUGGGAAAGUAGUGAAAUUAAGAUGCGUUGUAACAAAUGCUAUCAUUACACCUGUUUUUUGUGCAGAGAGAAGUGGCUGAAUCAGCAUAAUGGAAUAUCAUGUGAAAGAUUUAAAAAAUGGAUGCUUGCAAAUGAUAUUGAGCUUCAAACAGCUUGUGCUGUUGAUCUGCUAUCCAAAAAUAAAAUAGAAUGUCCUAAAUGUCGUUUCAAGUACAUUCUUGUAUGUGAUGGUUAUAUGCAUUUUACUUGUACUCAAUGCGGUUAUGAAUUUUGCAACAGUUGUUUUAUGGGUUUUUUUAAAGGAGCGAGAUGUCGAUUUAAUUCUGAGUGCGCCAACAAAGGUUUUCAUGCUCAUCACACACGUGACUGUUAUUUUUAUUUGAGAGAUAAAUCUGUGGACGAACUUAGAACUUUUCUAGAAAAUAAUAACAUUGAAUUUGACAAGGACAGGCCUGUUCAAAGAAAACCUGGUGACAAAAUUAAUGGCCCAUAUCGUUGUAUAAUACCAAUAUCUGAAGACAAUCUAUAUAAACCAUGUGGAAAAAUCUCACCUGAUAAUAUGGCAGGACUUUGCAAAAAACAUUAUAUUGAGUAUCUUAUUGUGCUAGUAAAUAAUGGUAACUUAGACCCAGUCCCAAUUUUAUCAAUUGAAGAACUCGAUGUUGUAUUGAUAAGAAAUUAUAAAGUUCUUUUGAAAAAAGAAGAAAAUGAAGUUAUUGAAGAAUUUCAUAAAAGAUUGCAAGAGUACGUUUGCAAGGAAAUUCCUUUACUAAAGAGAAAAUGAUUGCAGAAGAUACUCCAUCUACAGUCACUUGCAUUCUAUUGCGUAAACAAAAUAUAUAUUAAAGUUGAAAAUUAUUGUCAUGACGAUAUUUAUCUCCUAAUUUUAAAGUAUAAAAUGAAUUCUGUAUAAUUAAUUCUAUAAAAUUUUUGCAUAUUUUAAAAGCUCUUUUAUAUUUUUUU